GAUGCGGGGCGAGGCAGGCGGCCCCUUCGCGACGCGCAGGGACGGAGACGGGGUGGCUGUGCCUGGCCCGGCGGAGGCGAGAGCAAGAGCGCGGCUCCCAGAGGCUGUGUGCGCCCGGCUGGCAUCAUGAGUGAGCAGGCUCUGAGCUUCCUGAAGGACUUCCUGGCUGGUGGCAUCGCCGCUGCCGUCUCCAAGACCGCGGUCGCCCCGAUCGAGAGGGUCAAACUGCUGCUGCAGGUCCAGCAUGCCAGCAAACAGAUCAGCGCUGAGCAACAGUACAAAGGGAUCAUGGAUUGCGUGGUGAGAAUCCCCAAGGAGCAGGGCUUUCUCUCCUUCUGGAGAGGUAACCUGGCCAACGUGAUCCGUUACUUCCCCACCCAAGCUCUCAACUUCGCCUUCAAGGACAAGUACAAGCAGAUCUUCUUGGGGGGCGUGGACCGGCAUAAGCAGUUCUGGCGCUACUUUGCCGGUAACCUGGCUUCCGGUGGGGCAGCUGGGGCCACCUCCCUCUGCUUUGUCUACCCGCUGGACUUCGCCAGGACCAGGUUGGCUGCUGACGUGGGCAAAGGUAGCGCCCAGCGUGAGUUCAGUGGUCUGGGCGACUGUCUCACCAAGAUCUUCAAGUCCGAUGGCCUUGGGGGUCUCUACCAGGGUUUCAGCGUCUCUGUCCAGGGCAUCAUCAUCUACAGAGCUGCCUACUUUGGAGUCUAUGAUACUGCCAAGGGGAUGCUGCCUGACCCCAAGAACGUGCACAUUUUCGUCAGCUGGAUGAUCGCCCAGUCCGUGACGGCGGUGGCGGGGCUGGUGUCCUACCCCUUCGACACUGUCCGCCGUAGGAUGAUGAUGCAGUCUGGCCGGAAGGGGGCUGACAUUAUGUACACGGGGACACUGGACUGCUGGAGGAAGAUUGCCAAAGACGAGGGAGGCAAGGCUUUCUUCAAAGGUGCCUGGUCCAAUGUAUUGAGAGGCAUGGGCGGUGCCUUUGUGUUGGUGUUGUAUGAUGAGAUCAAAAAGAUUGUCUAAUGUUAUUAAAGCAAAUUCACUGCUUCCAGACCUGUUUGUGUGGUUUAAUAGACUCUUCCUAGGGGAAGUAAAAAGAAAGAUCUGGGAUAAAACCAGACUGGAAGGAAUACCUCAGGAAAAAUAAUGGCUUCACCGAGUGUUCAUUAAACCACGAAUGUAUUUUGUAUUUAUUUUACAUGGAAAUUCCCACAGAAAAUAUAAAAUAACAUGUCAUACUUGUAUAAUUAACUGAGGAACUGAUAAUAACUGAAUGUGAAACCAAUAAAGACCACUUAAUGCA